AUGGCCCACACGGUCAUCCUCGGUAGCGGUGUCAUUGGCCUCUCGACGGCCUUCUACCUCCGCCAGCAUCAACCAGGCACCACAAUUCAUCUCGUCGACUCUGCGCAGGAACUCUUCUCAUCCGCUUCUGGCUAUGCGGGAGGAUUCCUGGCCAAAUACUGGUUCCGUCCCGACUUGGUUCCCUUGGCUGAGCUAAGCUUUGAAGAGCAUAAAAGGCUGGCCGACGAGGAGAAUGGCAGAGAGAGAUGGGCGUAUGCGAAGAGCGUGACGGUGAGCUAUGAGCCGAAUGGGCCGUUAUUAGACGGGAAACGGGGGGAGGACUGGCUGUUGGAAGGGACGAGUAGGGCUGGGCUUGUGGAGGCGAGGAGGGAGCAUAAGGAUGACGAAGUGCCGGAUUGGUUGAGGAGGGUUGAGGGGGACUCUGUGAAUGUGAUUGAUGAUGGGAGUGGGACGGCGAUUGUAGAUCCCUUACUAUGUUGCAAGUUUCUGUUGGAAAAAGUCAAGGCUGCAGGAGUUCAAGUUCACAAUCCUGCUGCGGCGUUGCGCCUGGAAACUGAUGACAAUAGCAAACUCUGUGGAGUUGUCAUCAAAAAUACAGAGACAUCGGAAGAGAUCUUGAUACCGGCUACCAAGGUUCUUUUGGCAGCGGGAAGCUGGACGCCCCAAGUCUUUAAAACACUGUUCAAGGAUCGCUUCUCCCUUGAUAUCCCCAUUGGGGGUCUAGGUGGGCACUCCCUCGUUUUGAAGGCUCCCAGCAAAGUGACAACCUGUCAUUCCGUCUACACGACGAUGGGUGCGCACUCACCAGAAAUUUACUCUCGGCCCAACGGGGAGAUUUACGUUGCUGGCGUGAAUAGCCCUGGUCUUGCUCUUCCUGGACCUGCUCUCAAGGCGGCUACUAUAAGUCAGCCUUUAGAAAAGCUGAAGGAUAUUGCGCGGCGUCUGAUUGUGACUUCUGGUGGAGAGGAUUUGGAGAUUGUGCGAGAGGGAUUGUGUUUUAGGCCGGUUACGAAUAGGGGGACACCAUAUAUUGCGAGAUUGACGAACGAGAAGCUUGCGAAGGAUACCAAUUUGAAGGAGGGACAAGAAGGGGGUGUUUUUAUUGCGGCUGGACAUGGGCCGUGGGGUAUUAGUUUGAGCUUGGGGACUGGAAAGGUGGUUGCUGAGAUGUUGUCUGGGAAGCCAUUGAGCGUUGAUAUCUCGGGUCUGGGAUUCUGA